AAUCAUAUCAUUCGCAAAAGUUGGGAACUAGGCGUUCUUGAUAUUUUAGCGUAACUGGAGGAAGAAAAGGAGAAAAAAAAAAAAAAUCUUGCAGGAAGAGGAUAAAGGAAGAAAGAAAGUAAUAGAGGGCUCACCCCAUCGAUUUUUCUGUGCCGAACAACCAAGUGCAAUUUCAAUGACUGCAAGUUCAACGGCUGUCUCAAGCUCUUUCUUGAUGAGCGUUCCUCAAAUUCGUACAUGUUUCAGUCCUAGGGACGACAGUUAUUCAAGAAGCCGGUGGCGGCGGCUCAUCCCUAUACGGCCAACGCUGCUUUAUGCUCCUCCUUUGUCUCAACUCCAUCCUAACUCUCUGUCUAUCUUUUACCCACAAAGAUGGCCACAUGAAGUUGCUAAUGGAGGAUCAGGUUCUUGUAGAAGAAAGAAGAAUAGUGCGUUGAAAGUUGUUAGCUCCUUGCUUUGUGAAACACAGGCUGAUGCUUCUUUUUCACAGCAAUAUAAUUGCAUUACCUGCUCACUUAACCACCGUCGAAAGCAUUCUAGGAUCCCAAGAUCUAUUUCAGGAGUUUUUAUUGACAAAUCCACUUUUCAUUUGCCUUGCAAUUCAUUUGAUGCUGCUUCUGUGAGCCGUGUUCAUGUUCCAUAUGCAUCUGUUGGUCCAAAUGAACCACAUGCAGCAAGUACUGCCUGUCCAGAUGGUAUUCUUGAGAGACAAGAUUCAGAUUUGUUAUAUCCUGAUCGUGAAUUAGUAACAGGAUUAGCUGAAUUUUUAAAUGCUGAACUUCCAUCUCACCCAAAGUUGUGUCGAGGGCAAUUGAAGAAUGGUCUUCGUUAUCUCAUAUUGCCAAAUAAAGUUCCAGCAAACAGGUUUGAAGCACACAUGGAAGUCCAUGUAGGAUCAAUAGAUGAGGAAGAUGAUGAGCAAGGAAUUGCACAUAUGAUUGAACAUGUUGCAUUCCUUGGAAGCAAGAAACGUGAGAAACUUCUUGGGACAGGUGCCAGAUCUAAUGCUUACACUGAUUUCCACCAUACUGUUUUCCACAUCCAUUCCCCGACUACUACAAAGGAUGCUGAUGAUGACAUACUUCCAUCUGUACUGGAUGCCUUGAAUGAGAUAGCUUUCCACCCAAAAUUCCUUUCCUCUCGAGUAGAAAAGGAACGACGUGCUAUUCUUUCAGAAUUGCAGAUGAUGAAUACAAUAGAAUAUCGUGUAGAUUGCCAGUUAUUACAACAUCUACAUUCUGAAAACAAGCUGAGCAAAAGGUUCCCAAUUGGAUUAGAAGAGCAAAUUAAGAAGUGGGAUGCAGAUAAAAUUAGGAAAUUCCAUGAACGCUGGUACUUCCCUGCAAAUGCGACCUUAUACAUUGUUGGCGACAUUGAUAGCAUCUCAAAGACAGUUCAUCAGAUUGACACUGUCUUUGGACAGACUGGUCUUGAGAAUGAGACAGCUUCUGCACCUACUCCUAGUGCAUUUGGUGCAAUGGCUAGUUUUCUUGUCCCUAAGCUCUCAGUUGGGCUCUCUGGAAGUUCAUCUCCUGAAAAAUCAUCUAGUUCUAUAGAUCAAUCUAAAAUACUGAAAAAGGAAAGGCAUGCAGUUCGUCCCCCUGUGCAGCAUAAUUGGUCUCUCCCUGGACACAAUGUACAUAUGAAGCCACCACAGAUUUUUCAGCAUGAGUUGCUUCAGAAUUUCUCAAUUAAUAUGUUCUGUAAGAUUCCAGUGAGCAAGGUCCGAACAUAUGGUGACUUGCGUAAUGUUUUGAUGAAGAGAAUAUUUCUAUCUGCAUUGCAUUUUCGCAUUAAUACACGAUACAAGAGUUCAAAUCCGCCAUUCACCUCUAUUGAAUUGGAUCAUAGUGAUUCUGGAAGAGAAGGAUGCACUGUCACAACUCUCACAGUAACUGCAGAGCCCAAGAAUUGGCAGAGUGCAAUUAAAGUUGCUGUUCAAGAGGUUCGAAGGCUUAAAGAAUUUGGUGUCACUAAGGGUGAAUUAACUCGCUACACGGACGCACUUCUAAAAGAUAGUGAACAUCUUGCAGCUAUGAUUGAUAAUGUGUCUUCUGUUGACAAUUUGGAAUUUAUUAUGGAGAGUGAUGCAUUGGGCCAUACUGUGAUGGAUCAGAGACAAGGCCAUCAGAGUUUGGUUGCUGUCGCUGGGACAGUCACUCUUGAAGAGGUUAAUUCUAUUGGUGCCAAGGUAUUAGAAUUUAUCUCAGAUUUUGGAAAACCCACUGCACCACUUCCUGCAGCAAUUGUUGCGUGUGUUCCAAAUAAAGUGCAUAUUGAUGGACUGGGCGAAACUGAGUUCAAGAUAUCUCCAAGUGAGAUCACUGCUGCCAUGAGAUCAGGAUUGGAGGAACCAAUUGAGGCUGAGCCAGAGCUCGAAGUGCCAAAAGAGCUUAUAUCUUCAUCACAGUUGGAAGAGUUAAGGUUACAACGCCGACCCACCUUUGUGCCAUUACUUCCAGAAGUAAAUGUCACAAAAUUACAUGACAAGGACACAGGAAUAACUCAACGUCUUCUUUCAAAUGGAAUUGCUGUAAAUUACAAGAUCUCAAAAAGUGAAUCCCGGGGAGGUGUAAUGCGGCUUAUUGUUGGUGGAGGGCGAGCUGUUGAAAGUUCUGAGUCGAAAGGAGCUGUUAUUGUGGGCGUUCGAACUCUCAGCGAGGGAGGUCGUGUUGGCAACUUUUCAAGGGAGCAGGUAGAACUUUUUUGCGUGAAUCACUUGAUAAAUUGCUCGUUGGAGUCAACAGAGGAAUUCAUAUGUAUGGAGUUCCGUUUUACUUUACGAGAAAAUGGGAUGCGAGCAGCAUUUGAGCUACUUCAUAUGGUGCUUGAGCAUAGCGUUUGGCUGGAUGAUGCAUUUGAUAGAGCAAGACAAUUAUAUUUGUCAUACUACCGGUCCAUUCCCAAAAGCUUGGAACGUGCAACUGCUCACAAACUCAUGAUGGCAAUGUUGAAUGGAGAUGAACGAUUUGUUGAACCAACGCCACUAUCAUUACAAAAUUUAACACUGAAAUCCGUAAAGGAUGCCGUGAUGAAUCAGUUUGUAGGCGGUAACAUGGAGGUAAGCAUUGUUGGGGACUUCUCAGAGGAAGAGAUUGAGUCUUGUAUUAUUGAUUACCUGGGCACAGUUAGAGCAACAAGAGGUUCCAACAGAGAAAAAGAAUUUAGUCGAGUCGUUUUCCGACCAUCGCCAUCUGAUUUACAGUUUCAACAAGUAUUCUUAAAGGAUACAGAUGAGAGAGCAUGUGCAUACAUUGCUGGUCCUGCUCCCAAUCGUUGGGGUUUUACAGUUGAUGGAAAAGACUUGUUUGAGUCAAUCAGUGACUUUUCAGCUGCACCAGUUACACCACCAAAAUCAGAGGACCAAUUGGUAGAAGGGAAGGAUGUUCAGAAAGAUUCACAAAGAAAACUUCGCAGUCAUCCACUUUUUUUUGGCAUAACAAUGGGGCUGCUUGCUGAGAUCAUAAAUUCAAGGCUUUUCACCACAGUCAGAGAUUCUCUUGGAUUAACGUACGAUGUGUCAUUUGAGUUAAGCCUAUUUGAUAGGCUUAAGCUUGGAUGGUAUGUGAUAUCUGUAACAUCAACUCCAGGCAAGGUAUAUAAAGCUGUUGAUGCAUGUAAGAGUGUUCUAAGAGGGUUGCAUAGCAACAAAAUUUCACAAAGGGAGUUGGACAGGGCUAAACGUACACUUCUUAUGAGACAUGAAGCUGAAAUCAAGUCAAAUGUCUAUUGGCUUGGAUUGCUAGCUCACUUGCAAGCUUCUUCAGUUCCCAGGAAGGAAAUUUCAUGUAUUAAAGAUCUCACUUCACUAUAUGAAGCGACCACUAUUGAGGACAUAUAUCUCGCAUAUGAACAGUUGAAGGUGGAUGAGGAUUCUUUAUAUUCAUGCAUUGGGGUAGCUGGCAGUCAAGCUGGUGACGAGAUUACUGCUCCCUUGGAAGUGGAAGAGACAGAUGACAGCUUUCAGGGAGCUAUUCCUGUGGGGCGUGGUUUAUCUACUAUGACAAGGCCAACAACCUGACCUUCCUGGAUAUCAGUGUGGUUAUCUGCCAUUAAGGUAUGGUGCCUUCCUGGAUUCACUUGUAUGCUUUAUUGGAAACACAGACUUCAGCAUUUCCAUGCGAGUGUUUCAACUGAUGUGUGCCUCCCCUUUCUCACAUUACAAUUAGCUAGCUCGUAAGUGUUAAAAUAAGGUCAUCUGCAUUGUUAAACCUACUUGAAACCAUUGGAAUGGAUAUACACUACAGUGUAGUUGGUGUACAGAUGCUAAUCAUUUAACUACGUGAGAUUCAUAGUUUACACAGAAGCCACUGUCAAAUUGUAAAUUAAAAAAUUGUGUACCGUUUAGAGGCUAUUAUAAAUGAAGCUCGCUCUUGCAUUUAAA